GUUGGGCCCACGAACAUGGUGCCACCGUGGCCAUCCUUCGUGCUGGAGUUCACGGAAGCUUCCAUGCUCUCCGGCCGCCGCCAGCACGCCAUGCUCCCGCUCGCCGUUGCAAGGGCCUGCCUUUCCUCCCCGGCGCCUCUGCCGAGACCCCAAACCCGAGCAGCGCCUCUCUCCCCCCUUCACCGUCGCCGCUCCACUGCCACGCUGCCCAGACCCGCCAGGAUCCCCCUCCUCCGCCCGCUCGGGGCCACCGUGGGCGUCGGCGCGUCCUCGCGGCCCGCGAGGGACCGUGUGAUCGACUUUGGCAAGCACAAGGGCCAGAUGCUGGGCACGCUGCCGCCGUCCUACCUGCACUGGGUGGUCGCGGAGCUCGACUAUGGGGACACGCUGGUCUGGGCGCGCCUGGCGCGCGAGGUGCUCGACGACCCCGUCUACGUCGACCGCGUCGAGUGGGAGCACGCGCACCGCUUCCUCCAGUUCGACUACGUCUACGACGACGGCAACGGGCCGCUCCAGGAGAUGGCCGAGCGCUUCGGCUGGGAUCUCUCCGACGAGGACGGUUGGGGCCGCCUCGACUUCCGCCUCCUCAGCACCUCCUACGGUGGCCGCAUCCCGAGGAAGGCCGACCGGCGCCAGAGCACCGACAGCGGCAGCAACAGAUCCCCCCACGGCGGCGGCGCCCUGUUCGACACCGGGGCGGCCGACCCGGACGGGCCGAGGGGGAAGAGGGACGAGAGGAGGGAGCGGAUGCGGACGAGGAGGGAGGAGUAGGUGAGGACGGUGAAACUGGAUGUGCUUGGCGUGAACUCCGGCGCGAAGGAUGGCCACGGUGGCACCUGGUUCGUGCGCCCAACCGGUCAGAUUUAUGCUUAG